GUACACAACACAUUCCGCGAUGACGUAUUAGCACGAAAUUUUGUUUCAGGUGACAUCCUGACACUGCACUUUUGAAUUAUUUUACUUUAGAAAGGCGUACUCGUUACAUUUCAAAUGUACGAAUCCAUGUUGCAUUGUCCAUAAUCGCCGAUUUCUGUUUUCUACCAGACUUUCAAUUUAUCGUUGUGUGGAGUUUCCAGUUUACAGCAGAUCUUGUGUAUCAGGUCUCCAAGUUGAGUCGAUGGUGCUUGAUAGGUAAGACCGUAAGGAUUUUGGCUUUAUGCUUGUUGCUCAUGCGCUGGACGGAGUACUGAAUCACUACUUCACAGUUCACACCUGGUCGUAGUCUGCUACAAUUAUUAGCUUUUAUGAGUUUUACGUUUUCGAGUCCUGGAUGUUUGGGACCUUGAAAUUCAUCCCAAAAAAUCUUCCUGCUGUUUCGCUGGUAUUUAUUGGUCGGGAAUUGGAGAUGGAUCGAAAUCCUCAAGAUGCAGCGCAGUCUCCUCGCCCUAAAGUUGGGAGGUUUUCCCAAGCCGUUAAUUUGCACUAUCCCUUGCGCGAAAAUAAUAUCUACAAGAAUCCUUGGGAAACCUGGCAGGACCACGGGCUCACAACGAUGAUGUCGUUUUUAAAAAUUGCAGCUACUGAGAUGCAUAAAACAGGAGUUCCGCGUAAUAUUGACGAACUUAAUAAAGUCCUUCCGGUAUUCAGGCCGGAUUUUGAACCUAAUCCUGACGGGCGUCCGAAAGUGACAUGGAUUGGUCACGCAACGGUGGUACUUCAGAUGGAUGGAAUAACGGUGCUGACUGAUCCUAUUUUCAGUGACCGGUGUUCCCCGGUACAGUUUGUGGGCAAUAAGCGCUACCGUCCUCCGGCAUGCGGUAUCGAUGCACUUCCGGCAAUCGAUGCUGUGGUCAUCAGUCACAAUCAUUAUGACCACUUGGAUUUGGGAUCGGUGAGACAGUUAAAUGCUCGGUUCGGUGAAAAAUUGCGGUGGUACGUUCCGGAAGGUACUGCACAGUGGAUGCGUGGUAAUGGUUGUGAAAAUGUGGUGGAGAUGAAUUGGUGGGAUGAGAAUAUUUUGCCAGGCACGGACGUAACUUUCGCGUUCACACCGUCCCAGCACUGGUGUAAACGCACAGCGUUUGAUUAUUGCAAACAAUUAUGGGGCAGCUGGUGUGUGAUCUCUCCAAAACAUCGAUUUUUCUUCGGUGGUGAUACCGGCUACUGUGUGGGAUUUAAGGAAAUUGGAGAUGUUUAUGGGCCUUUUGAUAUCAGUGCCAUUCCGAUUGGAGCGUAUGAGCCAAGAUGGUUUAUGAAAUUUGCCCAUGUGAACCCAGAGGAAGCGGUGAAAAUACAUAUAGAUAUUAAAUCAAGAAAAUCCUUGGGUAUCCAUUGGGGAACCUUCAUUUUAACAACGGAGUAUUUUAUGGAUCCUCCUGAAAAACUGAAGGAAGCACUGGAAGCUGCACAGUUGUCUAACAACGAUUUCUGCACGGUUUGCCACGGAAAAGCCGUCAGCUCUGAUGACCCAGCCAACACUUCCUAGUCCUUUAACAAUAAGCUGGCUCGUAUUCGUCUUUUGAGACAUGUUACUAUGAUUCUGCGUUUACUAAUAAAGGUAAAACUUGUGAUGACUACCUUUUUUGAUUUAUUGGGUUUUAGAGUAUUUCUUGAAGUUUAAAGUUUUAUCUUGAAUUUGGGACGUCAGUGGUAUUCGGACGCGAAUCUUCUGCAUUCUGGUGAAAUUGUACGCGGCUAGUCGCUGAUUUGGUAGUCGGAAUUUUUUCCCUUUUUGUUGACGUGCUUCGCAAUUUCGAAUUGAUGUGAAUUGCUUCUCUGUGUCAAUCGGAAAUUGUGUACUCGUAAAGAAGUAAUUAUUAUAAAGCCGAUACGCAUUCU